UUUGAUCUAAUCGAAAAUGUCUUCAGUUUGGACACCAUUAGAAUCGAAUCCCGAUGUUUUAACUAAAUACAUACACAAACUGGGAGUGUCCAAGGAAUGGGCCCUUACCGAUGUUGUUGGCUUGGAACCGGAAAUGUUGGAAUGGAUUCCAAAGCCCGUUAAAUCGAUAAUACUGUUGUUCCCAUGUUCGGAGAAAUAUGAACAACAUCGGGCCGAAGAACAUGAACGUUUGGCCGCAGAGGCACAAGAUUAUCCCAAAUCGUUGUUCUAUAUGCGUCAGUUCACCUCAAAUGCUUGUGGCACCGUUGCCCUUAUCCAUAGUGUGGCCAAUAACGAAGACGUUAAAAUUGAAGAUGGCGCAUUGAAAAACUUCUUGGAAAAAGCCAAAGAUUUAUCUCCCGAAGAAAGAGGUAAAACUUUGGAGAAUGAUGCUGGUGUGGCUGAGGACCAUCAAGCUUUGGCAAAUGAGGGCCAGACAACAGCCAAUCCUGAGGAAAAGGUCUAUCAUCAUUUCAUUGCCUUGGUCAAUGUCGAUGGAACUUUGUACGAAUUAGAUGGUCGCAAAUCAUUCCCCGUAAAACAUGGUGCCACUACACCAGAAACCUUUGUGCAAGAUGCUGCCCGUGUGUGCAAGGAAUUUAUGGCUCGCGACCCCGAGGAGUUGCGUUUCACUGUCAUGGCACUGGCUGCUGCACAAAACUAAAAGAUU